UCGGCCGGGCCGUGGAAGGUGUCGUCGCGCGCCCGUGGCUCCUGAGGCGACUGGGCCCCGGCUGCUAGACCGGCUUCCUUGAGCCUCAUGGAGCCCGAUCCCGAUCCCGGGCCCGAGGACGGGGCGGCCUCCCCGGAGUCCCUGCACUUCCAUGGCGACGAGGAGAUCAUCGAGGUGGUGGAGCUGGGUUCCGGCCCUCCCGACCCGGAUGACCUAGCCCAGGAGAUGGACGAGGUGGACUUCGAGGAAGAUGAGGAGCAAGAAGGGGAGGGGGCCGACGAGGCUUGGGGGGACGAGGUGGACGAGGGUGUGGUCGGCGGCAUGGAGAGCCCUGAUGACAGCGAGGUCACUUUUGCCCAUCACUCAGCCUCUGUGUUUUGUGUGAGCCUGGACCCCAAGACUAACACGCUGGCGGUGACGGGGGGCGAGGACGACAAGGCCUUUGUGUGGCGGCUCAGCGACGGGGAGCUGCUCCUGGAGUGUCCCGGCCACAAGGACUCGGUGACCUGCGCGGGCUUCAGCCACGACUCUGCCCUGGUGGCCACCGGGGACAUGAGCGGCCUCCUCAAAGUGUGGCAGGUGGACACCAAGGAGGAGGUUUGGUCCUUUGAAGUGGGGGACCUGGAGUGGAUGGAAUGGCACCCUCGGGCGCCCGUGCUCCUGGCGGGCACAGCCGACGGGAACACCUGGAUGUGGAAGGUCCCCAGCGGUGACUGCAAGACCUUCCAGGGCCCCAACUGCCCCGCCACCUGCGGCCGCGUCCUCCCUGAUGGGAGGAAGGCCGUGGUCGGUUACGAGGAUGGCACUGUCCGCGUCUGGGACCUGAAGCAGGGCAGCCCCGUCCACGUGCUCAAAGGAGCUGAAGGUCACCAGGGCCCCCUGACGUGUGUGGCCACCAACCUGGACGGGAGCCUGAUCCUCACCGGCUCUGUGGACUGCCAGGCCAAGCUGGUCAAUGCGGCCACCGGCAAGGUGGUGGGCGUCUUCAGACCGGACGCUGUGGGCCCGCAGCCCAACCCCGGGGAGGACGAAGAAAGCGAAUCCAACUCGGUGGAAUCCCUGGGCUUUUGCAAUGUGAUGCCGCUGGCCGCCGUUGGCUACUUGGAUGGGACCUUGGCCAUCUAUGACCUGUCGACGCAGAGCCUGAGACACCGGUGCCAGCACCAGUCGGGCAUCGUGCAGCUGCUCUGGGAGGAGGGGGCGGCCGUGGUGUACACCUGCAGCCUCGACGGAGCCGUCCGGCUCUGGGACGCGCGCACGGGCCGCCUGCUCAGCGACUACCGGGGCCACACGGCUGAGAUCCUUGACUUUGCCCUCAGCAAAGACGCCUCCCUGGUGGUGACCACGUCUGGAGACCACAAAGCCAAAGUGUUCUGCGUCCAGAGACCCGACCGUUAGUGCUCCUGCCGUCCCUGCUCUGGGCUCUCGUUUUAUAGGGAGAAGGGAGAUGGCGGGGGGCUGGCCCCCCCCACCCAGGGGCUGCCAGGGAGGCUGCC